AGAAUAAAUUCUGCAUACUACGAUGCGCUGUUCGCUCCCGAGCCGCGCAUCGUUGGCACUGAUAAAAGAGUUCAAGAAACGUGCAUUGGCGUUCAAGUGAAGGAACAAUUCCCCACGUUGUUUCGGGUUCCCUUCGUAAUUGACUUUGGUGGCCAUGGUCGACUUCCGACAAUUGGCGUGCUCACUCCUGGGCUCUUUGCUCUUCCGACUAUCACCACCAGGUCAGUUCGUUAUCGUUGGAGCGGGGAGCGCGGGACUGGCUAUGUUGAAAACCCUGUUAGAUCUCCCAGUCGAGACACGCGCGGAGUGGGAUAUAGUUUUAUACGAGCAACGCAGGGACAUCGGGGGAAUAUGGUGCGGCUGCCAGAUCCAUCAUCCUCCUCCUCCACCUAAGCUACCCGAAACUCCAUUGUAUCCCCUGCUGCACACUGAUACCCCCGUCCCUAUCAUGACUUACCCCCACUUUCCGUUCCCACCUGGCACCCCUCUUUUCCCUACACACGGAUACAUAGAACGCUAUCACCAGGAUUAUGCGACCCAUUAUGGCCUCUGGCCAUAUAUCAAGCUUGGGCGAUACCAUGAGCCACAUAUGGUGAUAUUUCCGGGACAAGACACAUGGUUAGAGAACAACAAGGGUGGACUGCAACGUGAAAUCCUGCAUUCGAUGUGGUACCGCAAUCCUAGUUGGUAUGCCGACCGAACCGUCAUAGUGGUCGGCGGAGGACCCAGUGGAGUCGGCAUUGCGUCUCAGGUGCUGCAGUACGCCCAUAGAGUUUACCUUUCCGUCCGCAGUCCGCCACGGGAGGUGCCAUUGGGACGUGUGGAAUUGAAGCCCGAGAUUUUACAUUUUACGUCGGAUGGUGCUGUCUUCACGGAUGGGUCGACAGUGCAAGACGUCGAUACGGUCCUACUGGCUACGGGCUAUGAUUUACGCGUUCCUUUCUUAGAAGAAGGCGGGGAAGUGAUCGUUAAACCAGGGUCUAACAAGACAGAUGGACACAAGCUUGCCACUAAUCUGCGUUAUCUGUUCCCACUCCAUCAACAUAUAUUUUCCCUGUCGGCAUCUUACCCAACGAACGCAUUGGCUUUUAUUGGCCUCCCGAGAUCGCCCUACUAUCCUAUCUACGCGACCUCAAUCAUUGCCAAUGGCAGCCUACUCGCGCUCCGAGUGGAACUGCUGAGGGAGCUUGCAGACAGCGAAGAAGACCUUCGGAGGCGAGGGUAUGAUCCGUAUUACGUCGGACAUAAGAUGGUCAACAAUUCCACGUUCGAUUAUCAAGAAGGUCUCAUCAAGACGUUGCGAUCAAAGGAGGGAUUGCCGGAGCAGAACAUCCCUUUUCGAGGGUGGAAAAGGUUAGAGGCACUUGGACUAGCAGAGGAAUGGCUAGAAGGGGUUGAGAGUGAAGACGAGUGGGCUGAUCUUAUGAGACGAGUGAACGCAUGGCAGAGAGAUUGGGAGGCGGUGCAUCAUUUGGUAUUUCCAGAUGACGUACUCGUAUAUUCAUGAA